AUGUCUUGCAACAGUGGACAGUCAACCGGGCCGAUGCCAACACGCCUACGGCAGAUAGCACUUGUUGUCCAGGACCUUGACCGGGCAGAGCAUUUACUGACCACUGUCCUCGGGACAGAAGUCAUUUUCGUUGAUCCCGGGGUAGCGAAAUGGGGUUUGAGGAACAUUUUGGCUCAAAUAUCAGUUGCGAUCGGUGGCGAUGUCAUCGAGGUCGUUUCGCCAACUACGCCAGGCACGACUGCCGGCAGGCUUCUGUCAAAACGAGGGGAUGGAGGCUACAUGAUCAUAAUGCAGACACUCGACGCCAAUCGACGACGUGCAUUCAUCGAGACAAAUGGCCUCGCAAAGGUCAUCUAUAGCCACGGGUCGCCCGAUAGUGUCUGUAUUCAGUAUCAUCCAAAGGGAAUCAAAGGUGGUGUAAUACCUGAACUUGACUCCCACCGUGCGACACCCGCGAAUCCGAAACCGCUGAUGUCUCGUUUCUCUCCGUGGCACGCAUGUGGAUCAGAUUAUGCUUCCUAUUCUGCUGGAAUGAGACGACGUUCGCAUCUUCAGCUAGUUGAGGCAACUUGCCGCCUAGCACCAGGGGAUUCCGAUACAGAAGCGGCGUUGCACCAGUGGGAGAGGAUUUUCGGCGUUCCAAGAACUCAAGAACAUUUGCAAUUCACUAAUGCGAAGAUGAGCUUCGUCAAAGGCACAGAAGGGAAAAGUGAUGGAUUAAUGUCAAUCACGAUCGCGGUUCAGGGAAAAGAGUAUCUCGACCGCAUAUUUUCCACGGCGCGGUCCUUAGGCCUUGACAUAGGGGACGGCUGGAUUGAUAUGCUGGGUUUGCGAUGGCAUCUUGUUGCUUCCAGGGACGCGAACGCUAUGAGUCUGUUGUAG